AUGGGCUGUCACUGUUGUAGAAGAGAAGCCCCCUCAUCAUACCCAGUUCUGCUUUUCUUGGCAGUGGUCGCUGUACUUCUUCUUCUGUCAUCUUUGAUCUCUUUCGAGAUCGAAGCCCCCAGUUUGCAGAUAAAUUGGGGGCUUAUUGCAGUGCCGUUGCUUUUGCUAGCGAUUGUGCAUUGGUUGUCAUCAAUGGAACCUCCCAAGAGGCCCUGUAUGAUGCCUCGGCCGUGUUGCAAGUGUCCGUAUGCUUGCAAGUGUGCCUACUUCUGA